CAUCCUAGAAUAUAGAGCUACUGCAGAAAGGUUGACGCUUCUGUGAAUUGGUUUGCUACCGGCCAAUUUUCCUCGUUUCCAUUUGCCUUAGUUUGGGAUCAGAGCAUCGCCAAAAGUCAAAGAAAAUUCAACUGAAUUAACUGAGACCCAGCACUGACAGUCCAUUUCUCUCUCUCUCUCUCUCUCUCUCUCUCUCUCUCUCGCCAUUCUUACGAACCAUAAAAUCUAGAAGAAUCCAAAGUUAAAACUGUUGUUUGCACCUUUUAAUGACCCUUUGGUUCCAGUUGUGCAGUGAAUGAAAUCAAGGAUUUGUCAAGAGCGAACAGGAAGGAGUAAGUGGGUGAAGGAAACAUGGAUGUGAGAAGUAGAAGAGCCAGAGAAACCAGCCCAGACAGGGCCAAAAUAUGUAUGCAGCCAAAGGUCGUGAAGCCCAUCAGAAAAGUUCAAGUUGUUUACUAUCUGACUAGAAACGGCCAGCUUGAGCAUCCUCAUUACAUGGAAGUCACUCAUUCCGCCAAUCAACCACUUCGUUUGAAAGAUGUAAUGGACAGACUCACAGCUCUCAGAGGCAAAGGAAUGCCCUCUCUUUACUCUUGGUCUUGCAAAAGGAGUUACAAGAAUGGUUAUAUAUGGAAUGACUUAGCAGGCAAUGACAUUAUUCCUCCAUCAGAUGGAGCUGAAUAUGUACUCAAAGGCUCAGAAUUGGUUGAUCGUUGCUCUGAAAGAUUACAGCAACUGCAAAUCAGCAACAGGGGGCCACAUUUUCAGGAACCAAACCUUCAUGCCAAACAAAAAUCCCCAACUUUUACUCUGACUCGAAACAGGGGAGCCCAAGAAGCAGAAAGGACAGCAACAUAUGAAGAUCAAGAAUUCGAUGAAGAAGAAGAAGAAGAAGAAGAGGAGGAGUAUGAAUUAGAUGAGGAGAAAACAUGUUACACAAGCUCAACAACUCCUCACUCUCGCUGCUCAAGAGGGGUUUCUACUGAUGAACUUGAAGAUCAAGAAACCAAUGGCCAAGAAACCCAAAAAACCAUUUCUGAGACAGCUCAACAGGACCCUUCCCUUCUAUCAACAUCUUCCGUCCUCUAUGAAAAACAAAACCAAAGCAAAAACAGUACUUCCAAGCGGUUUGAAGAUGGUGACCCAGUUGCCACUGGGUCAGCACCAAGUCGUAACUCUGUUCUGCUUCAACUUAUUGCAUGUGGGAACUUAGCUGUUAACAAAGCAAAGAACGUGCCUACUAUGAAGCAAUCGGUAGCACCAAACACCGUGGUGAAGAAGGGUGAAAAUUUGCAUAGAGGGGUUUUUUAUAAGAGUGCAGUAAAGGUUACUGAAGAUGAUCAGAUGAUAAGCUGCAUGUCUGAAAAUCCAAGGUUUGGUAAUUUACAGGCUGAAGAGAAGGAGUAUUUCAGUGGCAGUAUUGUGGAGUCAAUGAAAGCAGAGAACCGAGUUGUGGCUGAUCAGCCAGUGUUCAAAAAAUCCAAUUCCUAUAAUGAAGAAAGGAGCUGCAAGGUUGGAGUUGGUGAAACAGUGGAAGGGAAGAAAAAAGACAAGGCAGUAAAAGGAAAAUGCAUUCCCAGGAAGAAAUCAUCAAAGCAAGCCAGAAAAUGAGGUUGGCUACAGUAAAGUUAUGGGGAAAAAAAAAAUUCUUUGGGGAUGUUGAAAUUGAAAGGAUGCUGCUCUGCACUUUUCUGUCCUUUUAAUCUAGUUGCAGGAAUUAUACGAACUAGAACUACUAUUUUGU